AUGUCUCAAAUGGGCUUGCAUCGCAGCGCUCUCGACGGCAUGAUCGAAUUCCAGACCUUGGGCGUUGUCAAGAUUCGACUAUCUACCUCAAAUCGCACUGAAUUCUUGGUCCACCGUAGCGUGAUCUGUCGCUCCUCUGAAGUGCUGAGGAAGACGUUCAGUACGAGCCAUGAGCACAAAGCAGCAACUACUCUCACCGACAUCGCACCGUUUGACGUCAAAGUUUACCUUAACUGGCUCUACACUGGGGUCUUACACACGAAGUGCGAGGAAGCGAAUAUAGGCACAGCGGCGGACAACGAAUACGAGUCUCUGGUGGAUGGAUAUCUGCUAGGUAUCAAGCUCGAGGACCGCAAAUAUUGCAAUACCACCAUCAGCGCCAUGUUGGACAAAGCAGAGCAAUGCAGCGGCAAAGAUAUUGAGGUGCUGCCGAAGACCAGAUGCGUCAAUAAGGCAGACGUGACCAACGGACGUUUCGAUGACGGUUGGCGGCUGCAAGAUGUGCUCGUGGAGAUCUUCGCACGAAGCGGUAACCUGGCAACGCUCUGGGACGCUUUAGAAGAUAAAGCCCUGAGCCACAGGUUCUUCCAAAAGCUUGUGUCCACGCUCGUGGAGGUCUGCAACUUCCAUGAGCACGAAGGUGAUGAGAAGUGCAGCGCGCAAGAGCCAUCGAGGAAGCGGCGGCGAGAGGAGUAA